CCGGCCCUGGACUCUCACACCAUGCUUCAGUGGCGGAGGAGACACUGCUGCUUUGCCAAGAUGACCUGGAACGCCAAGAGGUCUCUGUUUCGCACCCAUCUCGUCGGCGUGCUCUCCCUCGUGUGUCUGUUUGCUAUGCUUCUGUUUUUCAGUCAUCAAGACUGGCUGCCAGGCAGAGCUGGACUCAAAGAAAACCCUGUGACGUACACUCUCCGGGGAUUUCGCUUCACAAAAAGCGAGACAAACCACAGCUCCCUUCGGAACAUUUGGAAAGAAACAAUCCCUCACACUCUGAGGCCUCAAACAGCAACCAACGCCAACAACACAGAGCUGGCACCACAAGAGGUCACAGGGCUCGAGAACACACUGAGUGCCAACGGAAGUGUUUAUAAUGAAAAGGGCACCAGAUAUUCAAAUUCUUAUCAUUUCAAAUAUGUCAUCAACGAACCGGAAAAGUGCCAAGAGAAAAGCCCCUUUUUAAUACUGUUAAUAGCAGCAGAACCUGGACAAAUUGAAGCAAGAAGAGCUAUUCGGCAAACGUGGGGCAAUGAAAGUCUAGUACCUGGUAUUAAAAUCACACGCAUUUUUUUAUUGGGCUUAAGUAUCAAGUCAAAUGGCUACAUUCAACGUGCAAUACUGGAAGAAAGUAGAGAGUAUCAUGACAUAAUUCAACAGGAAUACCUAGAUACGUACUAUAAUUUGACCAUUAAAACACUAAUGGGAAUGAACUGGGUUGCAACAUACUGUCCACAUACUCCGUACGUUAUGAAAACUGACAGUGACAUGUUUGUCAAUACUGAGUAUUUAAUACACAAGUUACUAAAACCAGACUUGCCUCCUAGACACAACUAUUUUACGGGUUACCUAAUGCGAGGAUAUGCGCCCAACCGGAACAAGGACAGCAAAUGGUACAUGCCGCCAGAGCUGUACCCGAGUGAGCGCUACCCUGUCUUCUGCUCUGGAACUGGUUAUGUUUUUUCUGGAGACCUGGCAGGAAAGAUAUUUAAAGUGUCCUUGGGUAUCCGUCGUUUGCAUCUGGAAGAUGUCUAUGUAGGGAUCUGUCUUGCCAAGUUAAGAAUUGACCCUGUCCCCCCUCCCAAUGAGUUUGUGUUCAAUCACUGGCGAGUUUCGUACUCAAGCUGUAAGUACAGCCAUCUAAUCACCUCUCAUCAGUUCCAGCCCAGUGAACUGAUAAAGCACUGGAACCACUUGCAACAGAACAAGCACAACGCCUGUGCCAGUGCAGCCAAGGGGAAGGCAGGCAGCUACCGGCACCGGAAACUACACUGAGCUCUUCCAACGUGUGAGCUGUAAAUAGUACUCAGCAUGCCUAACUAAAACCGACUGCAUCCACAGGACAAGUUUUAGUUAAAAUUCAUCACAUAAAGGAAUCCAAAAGUUAUUUUUUUAAUUUCCGGAAAAGGUGAUUCUUUAAAGAGUAAGAUUCUAUAACAAUUCUUUGAUUAAAAGGUACCCUAGAGGAAUCUAUUAAAAACUUUGUAAGGGGAUUCUAUCAAUUAACAUGCAACCAUAAGCAUGCAUACAUUAAUGGUUCAAGUCAC